CCUCGUUGACAGGCCCCGCCCCUUGAAGCACACGCUGGAUCCCAGGAGCUCCCCGACAUGGACCUGCAGCUGCUGGAUCACCGGGUGCGGGUAACCAGCAUCAACAAGGCCGGUCUGUGGUUCUAUACUCACCCACUGGUCAAGCUACUGUUCCUGCGGCAUCGCACCAGAUGUAAAUUCUUUAGUUUGACAGAAACACCUGAAGACUACACAUUGAUGCUGGAUGAAGAAGGAUUUAAAGAGUUACCUACAUCUGAAUAUCUGAAUGUUGCAGAGAACAAGUGGCGAGUCCUGAACGUUCUAUCUAAUGGAUGCUCUAAUGUGACCCAGACAGUGGGUGUCACAAAAAUUGCUAAGUCAGUCAUCGCUCCCCUGGCAGAGAACAAUGUGUCUGUGCUGAUGCUGUCUACCUACCAAACAGAUUACAUUCUGGUAUCUGUCCUUCUUCUGUUUAUUUCAUACAGCGGAGUUCUUCAGAUUGCGCUCCAGGAUUUAAAGAUUUUGUAUGCUCUACUAUGUCUGAAAUGUUGGCGACUAUGCCUUCUCCAAGUAAGCAUAAAAGUGUUUAAUCUGACGGUCCACCCUGUGCAGAGCCCCCAAAACCGGUUCUGCAUCCUGACUUUGGAUCCUGACACCCUGCCGUCUAUAUCCACUAUACUCCUUGAAGCUGUUUUCUAUUCUCAUGCUUCACCCAAAGAGACUCCCACAGGUUCAGCAGAUCUGGAAUACUUCCACUUUUUUGCGUUCUCCUUAAUAGAUGGUUAUAUCUCCAUAGUUAUGGACACAGAGACUCAGAAGAAGUUUCCACCUGACCUACUAUUAACCAGUUCUGCUGGGGAACUUUGGCGGAUGGUUAGAAUCGGUGGGCAGCCCCUGGGUUUUGAUGAAUGUGGAAUUGUGGCACAAAUUGCAGGACCGCUAGCUGAUGCUGACAUAUCCGCCUAUUAUAUCAGUACAUUCAACUUUGAUCAUGCCUUGGUGCAAGAAGAAGACAUUGACCAAGUGAUCGGUUUAUUACACCAGCGGCAGGAUAGCCAAAGCUAGGCUGAUAUUUUCAGUCACUCCAUUAACUGUACCCAUCAGAUACAGUAGCUGGUACAACUGGCAAUCCAAAGGAAGGAUUAGCAGAGCACAGUCUAUGCACUGCUAUGGUACACACUCCCCACUUGGUAUUUGAAGAAGUGCUAAUAUUUUGUGAUAUUUUGAAAGCAUUACCAGCCUUACCGUAGUCACAUUUAUUUUUCUUGUUAUGGUAAAUUAGUCAACUAAGGGCUUAAUAAAGUAAUGAUUCUGAGCAAUAAGACUUCUAUUGCUGAGACUCACUAAAUCCUCAGUGCCACAUCAAUAGGGGGCUGGAUGUUCCAGCUCCAGAUGAAUUAUUUCCUUUACUGGAACUGCAAUAUAAUGCAAAGCUGCCUAUAUUGGCUUCCUUAAGUAGAACAAUAUACAAGUGCAGAGACCAAUACCAUGCCAGCAAUUAUUUUCUAGUUUUUUUUUUUAAUGUGAGUGUGAAAUAUACACACGUUUAUUAAUGUACUUUCUUAUUUGCACUUCUAUUAUGUUAUAUGUAGAACAUAAAACUUAGAGGAAGCUUUCAUUACUUUUGUUGCUAAAAUAAUCAGCUUUUCAUUGCUCGCCAUUGGCAGUGAAGUAGUUAAAUCACUUCCAUGAUUUCUUAAAAAUAUCUUGAAGCAGGACCUUUUGGCAGAAGGUGUUUUGCGUUUGAUAAAUAACUUGCAUUUUAUUGCAUUAUAGGAUAUUGUUCUGAAAAUGUGCUUCUUUAACUGGUAUUCCAAGAAACAUCUCAACAGCCUGUGCAACUUCUUCACUUGUGAAUAUGCAACUUUCUAUCUGUGAACAGGGUACUUACCUCAACACAUCUGUACUAAACCAAUUAAGGAAUUAGAGUGCUUUUUAUUUUUUUUUCCAUUGCAGUUUUAUAUUUCCAAGUGGUGUUAAUGUUGAUUAAAAAGUGCCAAUUCUGUCCUGUUCACUACUGAAGGUUCCUUAUCAGUGUUUCUGAGCUCUGGGAUUCACAGGCCACAUUUUACUGAUACCACUUCUUUAGUUUUGGAAACAGAUCAGUGACUGGUGUGAGUUCCCUUAUGAAGCCACAGUAAGAGUAUUUUGGAUACCUAUCCUUUUGAUGUCAAAUAGGUCACUUUAGAAAUUGUUUUCAUGUAGAGGAUACAAAAUGUAGUACUAUUUUGGUUUAACAAAGUGCUCUGUGGGAGUUCUAUUUCAAUUCAGAAAGUGUAAACACAACAUUUGGCUGAUAUUGGUGCUGGAUGCUUGUAAUACUUCCCAUAUGGAGCUAUGAAGAACCCAUAGCAGGACAAGCAAUAUUUGACUUUUUGAACGUAUGACAAUGGAAUGCGAGUCAGUGCUUUCUGUUCAGCUUUUCAUUAUACAGAGUGCUCUUAAUUAAACAACUUUAAAGAUGUGUUUUUUUUUUUUAAACUUACAUAAAAUAUAGAAAUAUAUUCUAAAAAAUAUAUUUUUACAUUAUUAUUUGUCUUUUCAUUGCCUUAAUAAAAUACUUUAUUGCAAA